GACUAUACUUCCUCCGCACUAUCGAAGUUGCGGUGGCGAGUCCAGUCCUUCUAGCUUUCUCAACCCAGUUGCAGUCAUGUGCAUUCUGUGCUCGAGCGAUCCCGUUGAAGAUGAUGUACGCAAGGAUAACCCAGGCGCCUUCCACGUGGGAAUGAUGCAGGCUCCCGGUGCUGAUCCCAUGUGCUGCUUGGGCUCGUGCCUGUGCCCCUGCUGCGCGCAGAUCAUUAUCCGACGCAAGGCGCUCAACUAUGAUAUGACCAACUACACGUGCUGUCAGGGCUACAUGGACGGCAUCGUGCCGUGCGCGCGCUCCGGCCGUUGCGGCGAGUCCAGCUGUCCCAACGGCUGCCUGUGCCUUGAGGCGUUCUGCUGCAAUGGUUGCGCCGUGUCGGCCACGCGCAUGAUGGUCAUGGACCGCUACCGCCUGCAGCCGGACAAGUGGGACAACCGCAUUAUCCGAUGCAACAACUGCAUUCAGCUGGCCAGCUGCAUCUGCAGCCUUCUGUCCAUAUGCAUUUCAGAGCUGGGUGACCUCGCGGAUAUCAUGAAUUGCAUCGCGCAGUGCACGUAUGCCACCACGCAGGGCUGCAUGACUGCCCAGGUGAACGUUGAACUUCGGGAGCGCGAAAAGGCCUUCGAGGUGCAGGACGAGACCAUGGACCGCGUUUAACCAGUUCGCACCUCCAGUCUUUGCUAGCGCUUUAGUACCGAUGCCGGCGAGAGUUUUUCGGGGAAAGAUUAUUUUGCAGACAUACCUAUUGCGCGUAAGCUUGCUUCAAAUACACUUCCAUUCCUGGUGUGUUCAGUACAA